AUGAAUCUUUCGGUGCGUAUAGCUGAAUCCUCUAAGAUUUGUCCAAGAUGUGGUAUCGAGGAGGAGACGCAAUUACAUCCGCUGAAAGAUUGCGAGGGAGUUCGUUGUUUAUGGUUGUUGUCCCAGUUAAACAUGCGUGUUGCUUUGUUCCCAUACAGGACUGUCUGCGAUUGGCUUUCCCAGAUGUUCAAGCUGUUGAAGGACGAUGAUAUCAUGAUUUUUAUCUUGAGUUUAUGGACGUUGUGGACCGAAUGCAAUAACAUCGUGUUUAUGAAUAAAAGACUUCCCCCUGAGCUGUUAUUUCGAAAUGUUGUUUCCUCUUUAAGCAACCCGCCUUCUGCUGACCGAGUAUCAAAGAGUCUUAGACCUGGUCCAAGUCCGUGUUGGCUUCCUCUGCCAAAGAAUAUGGUUAAGGUAAACACUGACGCUGUUAUUUCAAUCGAUGGAGAUGUUAUUCGGUGGGGAGUUUCAGUUCUUUGUGGUAUAACAGAAGCUGAAGUUGCCGAAGCCAAGGCUGUCUUGUUUGGUUUACAGCUUGCUGAUGCAUUCCCUAGCGAGGUUCUGCUCGUGGAAUCUGAUGCUGCUAAUGUCAUAAGUAGACUCUCGAACCCCGAUAGUGCUAUGGACCCUAUUCAGAUUAUUAUUAAUGAUUUUAUGGCUGAAAGUGCUCUUCGCAAGGUUCAGUUUCAGCAUAUAAGAAGAAAUUGCAAUAAAGUGGCUCAUUCUCUAGCGAAAUGGGAUAUUUUUAUCAAUAAUGAUUGUAAUAUUGACGGUGAACUUCUAUUCCCAGUCAAUGAACUUACUAUUGUUCCUUACAUGGAAAAACGAAUUAGCUCAAGAGUUGCAUCCCACGACAUGAUUUUACCUAACGAAUCCUACGCAGGCAACAUUGUUUCUGAGAGCUAUGAGAUUUAA